AUGAAGCGACACCAGCCCACGCUCUACACACAUGUUGAGGACGACGCCGACGACGAACGGGAAGCCAACUGGGCCUCGGCCAGGGCGCAGCAGACACCGCCAGCAUCCACGAGUUCCAUAAACUCUAGGCGGCCAAAAGCCCGCCAGAGAAGUACAUUCUCGCCAGGACCUCUCGCUCCGGGUACACCGUGGCCUCCUCGUCGAGCGCGCCCCCGAGACCGGUCUGGGCAAAGCAUAGACGAUGACCCCCGCAAUGACCCGGACAGUCACUACUACCAGCGAGGUUUGGGCCAGCUGGUAGAUGGAGGAGAUAGCGACGAUGAAGACACGCGGAUUGUCGGAGUGGGAGGCGUUGAGGCGGACCGACUAUCGUCUCUCAUGCUGGAUACCGAGCCCAUAGAGCCUGAAAGUCUCGAGGAUCGAGAGAGAUUGGAAUGGCAGACUAUGCUGGCCUCUGUACUGGAGGGCGAGGUUCUAAAAUCCGAGAACACUCGAAUUGCGGAGGAGGAGAACAAUCUACGCGCAAGCCUCUGGCUUGGUAUCCGAGCCAAGGUCCAUGGGAGGACAGUCGAGGACGAGCGCAAGAGAUUGGACGAGCGACGAUUACGGACCGUCGACACGGUUAUCAAGGGCUUCCUUGCUUUCCGAGUUGACGACCUCCCGCCAGACUCUACCGAAUCUCCCGCUACGCAUGCUCUCCGUCAAGUUAACGCCUUCCUUCACCGGCUCGAUGUCGCCCACUCCCUAUACCCGAGCUUGCGGGCCUUCCACCAGGACCACCCAUCCGCUGGAGAGCCCGACUUCCAAGCGCGUUGCGAUACCCUGAACACCUGGUCCACCGUCAUCACCUCUCUUCGCCAACUCAUUGACGUUAUGCGUAAGUGGACGGGCAGCGAGAACUUAGACGUAACACAACCCACAUCCACCCCCUCCACCCCGCUCCCUCGCCAAAGGGGACAUGACGAACCUGCCCAUGGGACUACAUUCGUCGAUCGUUUACUGAAAGAGGAGUCCAUCCAGAGGCAGUUCGAGAAGGGGUCCAUGACUACCAUUCACGCUCUUGUUGGUACUACGCGUGACGCCCAUGUCAACCUAGCCCCCAUGUUCCGGGAGAUGAACCUUCCUUCCUUCGAGAAGGAACUUGUUCCACUCGUCUCAUUCUUGACCAACCUCGCUCAGGCGGUGUUACGCGUGCGCUUGGACUAUGCGCAAAAGUUGAAAAAUCCUGAUGUGCUGAUCAUUGACCAAAUGACGGAGGAUCUCAAAGUGAAGAUCGGCUUCGCCUGUACCUUGAAGAGGCAGUACGAAGCGUUUCUCAUACCAGAUCCCGGAGGGAACUGGAAGCUCCCACCAUGUAUCAGCGACGACUAUGACUCCGUAAUCUUGGAGGCCCUGACUGGUGCAAGGGGCAUCUACUUCAAAGAGACGGACGUCAUUGAAGCGCAAUGGGCAACUUUCAACGAUGUCAGCUUGACCAUUCCAGGCGGUGCCUCACUUGUUGCAGAACAGUUGUGUGCACUCACGAACAAACUCAUGGUCCGCGUCACCAACUACUUUGAUACGCAGAUUCGUAUACCGGUGACCAGCGAGCCGUCGCAAACCCCUGCUAUGCGCGACGGCAAGUUUCAACCCAUGCCGAAGGCCGCCGGAUCCACGACAUUCGAGACUCACAUGAACCCCACGUCCAAGAAGAGUAUGUCCGACGAGCAGCGCGUCAGCUGGUACGGGAAGGUCCUCGACGGUGUCAAGCAGCGGCAUAGAAAACUGCAGAGGCUAGCACGUGUCCUGACGCAACGAUUCAGCAACUCUGCCGAAUACGAUCUGGAAGACGUGCCUAUUGACACAUUCAUUGCGAUGCUCGUCGAGACGGAUCAUUUCCUAGUGUACACUCACAGCUUUGAAGAGGACGGCACCUACAUUGUCGCGCCACAGACCCUCCGAGAUCGCCCCGAAGCCAUCCGUCGUAUACUGAUGGAGGCCUUCCACGUCAAUGAGGUCGACGAGGCUACCUGGAUGAUGGAUAUCGGCGACCACGAACAAGAGGAUGACGAAGACGUGUCCUAUCUCCUGGUUCUAUCACCCCGAGUGCGCUUCGUUUGGAACGGGAUGGUCCUCAUGCUUCCCAUUCCGAAAUGGGACCUUGACCUUAAGGACAAUCGAGUCCGCCUCAUAGCCGAUGGACCGCAGCACCGACUGGCGUUAGCGAAGGAUCGGUUUACUGAACUAUUCCUGCCUAUCGACGAGGAAGGCGAAACGCUGGAGUCUCCUCUACCUCCGUUGACGUGUCUUGUAGAGGCCCAGGCGCAUCUUCCACUAGUCAACCGCGAGUUGCGCAAGAUUAGUCGGGCAAACAACAAGCUGGCCGAGUCAAUCGUGAACUCCGUGCAAUACGUCCGCACUGCACUGCAGGACGCUACAGGCUAUCAGGAACUAUUAGAGAAUUGGUUCGGGUUUGCCGCCGACCAUGGAACGCACGUCCAGAAGUACAUGGAUCGUGCUACCGUGCUCAAAUUCAAUCGUCUCCUGAUCAAGCUUGCCAUCUCUUGGGUCUCCUUCAUCUGUGACGACUGUGAUCCCAACGACCGGAAGACCUUUCGGUGGGCUGUCACCGCGCUGCAGUUUACCCUCCAUCGAACACGACGUAACAACAUCCUGCAGUUGCCCGAGGAGCAGUUCGAGAUGCUUCGACAAAGAGUGGCCAGCUGCAUGACCUUGCUCAUCAGCCACUUCGACAUCCUGGGUGCGCGCUCGAAUCUCGAAGCGAAGCGAGAGAAAGAGAGACAGGAAGAACUUCUUCGCCAGCAAGCCGCUAGUGAACGGAAGGACGAGGAGGAUGAUCUGGUAGAUGUCCCUGACCCCAUCAUCCGAACCUUCUGGGAGAAGGCCACUCGUGCUGUACGAGAUCUAGAGGAGCAGCGUCACACCGUCGGCCGCGUGCUGGACGAGGAAAAGCUGGUAGAUCGUUCACUGGUUUUCUUGGCGGCAAGGCGCUUCAUCGGCGCUGGUUCCUUCGGAUCGGUAUAUCUUGCCGUGAACCUUGACUCAGGUUCGCUCAUGGCCGUUAAGGAGAUCAAGUUCCAAGAAAUCGCCGGGCUCCCCAACCUAUACUCCCAGAUCAAGGACGAGCUCAACGUCAUGGAGAUGCUACAUCAUCCGAACAUCGUCGAGUACUACGGUAUUGAAGUGCAUCGUGACAAAGUCUUCCUUUUUGAGGAGUACUGCCAAGGCGGUAGCUUGGCUGCUUUGCUGGAGCAUGGCCGUAUUGAAGAUGAAGGUAUUCUCCAGAUCUACACCUUGCAGAUGCUCGAGGGUCUCGCGUAUCUUCAUUCUAAGGGAGUCGUGCAUCGGGAUAUCAAGCCUGACAAUAUCCUCUUGGAUCACAUGGGCGUCAUCAAGUUCGUAGACUUUGGAGCUGCGAAGAUCCUUGCUAAGAACCAGCGCUCCAUUCAACGAUCGCGCCGAUCCUCAGAUGCCGCCACGAAUGGUGGCGUCGGAGGCGGAGUUAGCAACAGCCUGACGGGGACACCCAUGUAUAUGUCCCCGGAGGUCAUUAGGAAUAGCUCCCGCGGUAGGCAAGGCGCCAUGGACAUCUGGGCACUAGGAUGUGUCAUCCUGGAGUGCGCAACUGGUCGAAAACCUUGGUCCAACCUUGACAACGAAUGGGCAAUCAUGUUCCAUAUAGGCGUGGCGACACAACAUCCUCCCCUUCCCGACCCCGACCAACUUAGUAAUAUGGGUAUCGACUUCAUCCGGCAAUGCCUCACUAUCGACCCGUUGCAGCGUCCUAUGGCCCUUGAGCUGAUGGAACACCCGUGGAUGCUCGAGUUCCGUGCCGCACUUCAAAGCUACGAGGAGGCCGAGCUUGCCACUAGCCCGCCUGUUGAGAUGCCUUCAGAUCCAUCAUACGCCAACGCGUCGGUGGCUCGACAAGCUGCCAUCAUCCAGGAGAAGGAGGUCGAGACUAUCAACUCCGCUUCGCCUAGUUUAUCGCCCGUUGCAACGGCAAGGAAUGGGCUCCCCGGCUCAAACGGGAGCUACACUGGAUUAUCUGACAUUCCUCACGAGGACUUGUGA